UAGGUUUUUCUUUCUCGCUUGCUCUUAAGCUACUGCUGCAGAGUUGCAGUUCAGAGAGAGAGAGAGAGAGAGAGAGAGAGAAAGAGAGACGCCAUGACUCUAGUCGCAGGCUCUUACGAGAAAUUCAUAUGGGGAUACAAACUCAAAACCCUAGACUCUCCAACUCUGAAACCCCUCUUCUCCUACCCAUCUCACCUCUCCGCCAUCAAAUGUGUCGCCGUCGCCGGUCCUGUUGCCGUCUCCGGCGGAGCCGACGACGCCAUCAAAAUCUACGACCUUUCCACGUCCUCUGAAGUCGGAACCCUAAUGGAACAUAAAGGUGCCAUUACUGCUCUCUCCUUUUACACACCCCCUUCUCUCUCCUUCCCACGUAAUCUCCUAAGUGGUUCAGAAGACGGCACUGUGUGUAUCUAUGACGCCGACCCUUUUGUUCAUCUCAAGACUCUAUCGCCUCAUAAGAAAGGUAUUAAUGAUCUCGCUAUACAUCCUUCGGGUAGAUUGGCGUUGUCUGUUGGGAGAGAUUCUAGUUUGGCGAUGUUGAAUUUGGUGAGAGGGAAGAGGAGCUUCCAUUGUAAAUUGGGUAAGGAGGCAACGAUGAUCAGGUUUGACUGUGAUGGUAAUAAGUUCUUUAUGGUGACGGACGAGAAGAUUUCGGUGCAUGAAUCGGGGGACGCGAAGUUGAUUUUCGAGAUGGAAAGCCAAAAGAGGGUUCUUUCUUUUGCGUCUGGCACGAAUGGACUCUUAUUUGCUGGAGGAGAGGACCGCAAUGUCACUGCGUGGGAUACAAAAAGUGGCAAAGUUGCAUUCUGCAUUGAGGGUGCUCAUUCAUCUCGUGUGAAAGGAAUUGUUGUUUUGACUAGGAAGGAUGGUGGUGAUGAUGCUGAUGUUGAUGACCCCUAUAUAGUAGCGUCUGCAUCGUCUGAUGGGAUCAUACGGGUCUGGGAUGUCCGCAUGGCCAAGAAGGAGAAACCAAAUCCUCUGGUGGAGGCUAACACAAAAUCAAGGCUGACUUGUCUGGCUGGAUCCUCUAUUAAAUCUUUUCAAAAACCACAGAUGGGGAACUGUGUUACAAAUAAACAACAAGAUAUAAUGAUGGAAGAUUCGUAAGUUAUGGGAAAUAGGCAGAGAGACUUUAUCAUGAAGCAACUACUUUCUAUCAAUGGAUUCUUCUCACACUAGGGUGAAAAAGGUUAUAUCAAUGAGUUUCUGUACCAGUGGUGAUUAUAUCAUUGAGAAAUCAAUUUUGUAUGGCAGGUAUGAGCUUGAAUUGUCAAUAGCAAGAAGAUGGCUUAAUCAAUUUAAGGCUCAUUUUUACUUGUCAAAGCUUCCCAGAGAAAUAUUACUACAUUUGGUUAUAAAGCUACCUUAAGUUCCAACUUAUUUAUUAAUGCCAGUAAAUCAAAAUUACUUCUGAA